AUGGCAGCGAUGACUUGCAAAAGUGACCCGUAUUUCCGGAUGACACGUGACGCAGCGCCCCGGAUGAAAUGCCACAAACCAGUCCUAGUUCACUCCGUGUUCUUUCCUGCUCUGAAGGGGGCCAAAGGGAAGAUGAGCUCCAGCGACCCUACAUCAUCAAUCUUCCUCACUGACUCGAUAAAGGAGAUAGCUGACAAGAUAAACAAGUACGCAUUUUCAGGCGGGCAAGACACGAAAGAGGAUCAGGAGAAACGUGGCGGUGACUGUUCCAUUGAUGUGUCCUACCAGUAUCUCAGAUUCUUCCUGCAUGAUGAUGUCAAGCUCAAAGACAUUGAAGAGCGGUACACCCGUGGACAGAUGAUGACGGGAGAGCUGAAGCAAGAGCUCAUCAAAGUCCUUCAGGCCCUGGUUUCCGGUCAUCAAGAGUGGCGUGCACAGAUCUCUGACGCCACGGUUGACUACUACAUGACACCCCGGAAACUCAAGUACAACUACACCGACCCCUCUAAGUCUCUGGGCACUUGCUGAGGUGAAUAGCUGAGGCAAAUUGUGGGUUGACAGGAAUCUGUUACCAUAUAUCGAAUACAUGUAUUGUGAUUUUGUAUAUCACAUGUCACAAUGACCGUUCUUUAUCUUUCUAAGCUAAUCUUUGUCUUGUAGCAAUCUAGACGUGGAAAUGAAAUGGGUUUUUUUUCAGUAAGACAAUGGUAGAAGAAGAACUAUGUUUAAUGUAGCACAUAGUAAACGUGUAAAUCAGGUUCAAGAAAUAUUUGAACAAACUGGAAU